AUGGGGUGUUCCCCAUCAAGGGGAAACAACUUCAAUGGAGCACAGGGACUAUUCAGUAAAGGGAAAACUUUGCUGCCAGGGACCAGGGGAACCUCAGAAGAUGGACAAUCUGAUGAUGGAGGGAGUGUAAGCUCUGGUGGUGGUGAGACAGAUGGAGAAUCUUUUGAAAAGAGGAAAGUAGGUGAAAAGAGACUGGACGGCAAUGCAAUUUCUGUUCCUUUAGUCAACAAACAUCCUGAAGGUGAACCAGGACCAGCAACAAUUACCUCAGGAAGAUUGGACACACAAGAGAUUACAACACAUUUAUCAUCCCAAAGAAAAGAAAAACACAUAGAAAAGGAAAAUGAAAAGAAAUUUGAGAAAAGGGGUGCAAGGAAUUCAAAGAGCCAGAAAAAUGCAAAGCCAAGCAAAAGGAAAGAUAAGGCGAGAAAAUCUGCAACUGAGAAGAAGGUGGACUUUCCAGAGCAACUUGUGAAAGCCCACCAAGCAGCAUAUGGAUAUCUUAAUCCCGGUAUUGACAAAUACGAAUUGCUUUUGGGCUUAUUGGAUCAUGCAGCACAGACUCACAUUUAUUUGCAACCCAUGGUUACAUUCAUGGUUCUGCGCUAUGCAGAGUUCAAUCAAGGACUAGAAGAAAUUGUUGAAGAAGGAGAGAAGCUUUUAAAAGACCAUGGGGUAUAUUUGGCUUGGCCAUGCAACACAAAAAAUAUUUCUUCAUUCAGCAAACUCAGUACCGCUGAACCCCCACCUGACUUACUUCAACAGCUACUUCAGUAUACUGUCCAGAGGAUGCAUCUUGUGGGACAGUCAAUGAAAGGAAUUGGGGACAUAGCCCUUGAGGAUGCAGUGGAUUAUUUUUCGUCUGUCUCAGAAGUCCUAGAGGACAAACUGAAGGAAAAGCGUGCAGCUGAGGCUAGGCUAAUGCAGCUGCUAACUAGAAUUGAAGUUGCCUCAUUACGAAGACCUGGACCAGAGGACUCAACUUUGUUUAGUGAAGACAGUGGCAUUGGUGUAGAAAGUGAGUCACUGGCUGGAUCAGACAGACAGCACCACCGCAGAGAAAGCUGUGAAUCAACUGAAUCCAGUCACACAGUUAUUUACAGUCCUGAAAACUCUACCCCCAUCCACCAAGUCUCCUCUAAAUGUCAGCUUAUCCAAAAACUCACCGACAGCAGCUCUGUAACCUCCAUCGACUCUACCUGCACCUUUACAGGUAAGGUAUUCAGAGAUACAGAAUCUUUGCUUGGUUCUGCCUCCUUGGAUUAUGGUGAGGGAGAAGAAGAGGGCAACAGUGAGGGCAAUGAGGAAGAACAUAAUGAGGGUAAAAUGAGGAUGCGUUCGAGCUCUUCUCCACCUGACCCUGGCCAUCAAACACAAACAACAAAGUGGAUAGAAAAGCCACAAAAUGUAGAAAUGACAUUAAAAAUAAAGGAUGCCAUCAGUGAACGGAUUCAUUUUGUUUCCUCUCAACACUCUGGAGAAAAGAUAAAACCUGGAAUCUCAAAGAACAAUGACGAGCAGUGGAUAGAAGAGGGGGAAAAAAGUCCCAAAAGACCCCAAACAGCUACUAAUCAAGUGCAUAACAAAAAAACAACAGUUACAAAACAGCGUCGUUCAAGAUCAACAGAGUCUCUUCGUAGUAAAGCAGACGACCCCACACUUCGUGAACUGGAAAGGGCACAAAAAGAGUUGAGCAAAAGGUUGGAAAAAAUGGGAAAGGUCAGAACUGAACAAAAUGUAAAAAGAGAGAUUUCAAAGCAAAGGAAGUCUAGUCAACCACGUCCUUUAAAUGCAACUUCAUCAAACAGUCAGAGAAAAGAACUCAGUGAAAAGAUUGUUACAAGAAAUAAGGAGGAAGAAAAAGAAAAAAAGAAAAUCUAUAAAACUGCCAAAGGAGCCAUGAAGGCAACUUCCAUUGUAAGUCCACCACCAUCACCCCAACAACUCUUACUCUUGUGCCCCAGAGGAAAUUCUGUCAAGAAACUAAUUGACACCUUCAGUCAGGGAAUGGAGGAAAGUAAACAGUUUCAUGAAAGUUCAAAAGGUCUUGGACCUCUUAAAGGGGUGAGGAAGUAUGGGAUUCCAGUCAUCCCAGGUUUGUUAAGUGAAGAUACAUUUUCAUGCAUUAAAAAUGACAACAUGAACAAUCAAAGGGAAUCUACAACCUUGGAGAAUCAAAAUGAUAUUGACUUGGACAACCUACCACCACCUCCUCUGGAGGUCCUCAUGGAUAAUUCUUUUGAAAAUGUAGAAAUGCCUAAAACAGAUGAAAAAAUGAAUGUAAGGGGACAGUCUACCCUACCAAAAACAGUUGGCAUAUCUCAAAGGCUCCGUACCUCUAUGCAAUCUCUUACAGUACUACCUAGCAGGGGAAGUGUGAGGAAGACUUCGCACAGCAUCUCACCUGCACGAAAUAUUGGCCUGCAAUCUAAUGGGGCAGCUAAGAACAGCCAAGUUGCUUCCACAUCUAAUGCAGAUCUGAAGGAGGAGGAGGCUGCCUCGCUUUACAAACAGGCUCGGAAAAUUAUCCAUUUGCGGUAUUCAUCUAAUUCUCCCACAGAAAAACCUGCUUCUGACAAUGACAACAUUCAACAGCUCACUCAAAGCAGCAUCGAAAGAAAUCAGAAGGACAAAACUAUCCCUGAAACAGUGCCUUCAAGUGCAACAGCUGGAAAUCAAUCACCCAACACUCCAGCUUCAUCCAGGACCCGCAUGUUACCUUCUACACCUGUUGUACAUAGGAGGUUACCCAGUCCUCCUGUAUUUAAAAAACAACCAAUUCCUUCCAGCUCAUCCAGUCCAUUAAAUCGCAAACUUCCUACCCCACCACCAGCCAGCCAACAGGCACUACCUACUAACCUAACCACUCAAGAUGCAACCUCAAGCUGCAUUUCUGGAGUUACAUACCCUUUUAAGGCACCAUCUCCCCCUGCCUCACCAAAAGUGCAGCGACGGUCUCGAGAUAAUAAUGAAGACUCUGGUUCAAGAGUAUUUAGCAAUGCUCGCUCAGUUUUUUGUCCAGCCUCACCAUCUUUGUUUGAGGCACAACCAUUUCUUGUGCCUAAACCCCCACAGGCAUGGACCUCCUCUGGAUGUAGCAUACUCCCUCACCCCUGGGGUGAGCACGGUAGUCUUCCUAAGUCUGUCCGAGGCCCACAGCCUUUCAUUCGGCGUAGUCAGUCUGACAGAAGACCCAGUCUCAGCCUUCCACCCAGAGCACCAGUAGUAUCUAUUGCACAGUCCUGUGGAAGUGAACCAGCUAUCAGUACCCAAGGGCUGGAAGAUGGUCCAGUCAGAGACGCCUGGAACAAGCAGCCAGAACUCAGAGAAGCAAAUCGCUCUUGCUCGCACCCAGACCUGUGCAUUGUGGGUCAGGCUUUACAAUGUGAAUGA